AACUAAAAAAAAAACAUUCUGUCUGUGUAUUAGACUGUGACUGGGGUGCAUUUUAGAUCUGCAGAAACAGUAGUUAUAUAUCAGAAGAAACAAACCUCUGUUCUACACAACAGCCUUUAUACUUUCUCCCAGAGGGACAAAUGAAAGAGCACUUUAAGGUGUUACAUAAAUCCCCCCAUCCCCCCAUCCCCCCAUGAGUGUGGUUUAUGUUUGUUUUUCAGGGAUGACUAAAUUUAAACUAAAUCAAUGGAUCACCAUGAGAAUCAGUGUUGCCAUAGUAACUCUGCUGCCUAUUUGCACAACAGUACCAAAUCACAGUCAGUGGGAAAGAGAAUUUCUAGCUUCAACAGAAAUUCCUGCAGAACACAUUGACCCCGGUUCCAUUGACCUGACUUCAUUAAUGAACACACUCCUUAAUUCCUCACAUGCAGGUUCUGAGCAUUUGUUCUCUGUCCUGAGUGUGACAUCACACAGCACUCUUGCACUGCACAAAAUCACCCUGCUGGUCUACAACAUCUCUAGUUUUCAGGACAUUGAGACCACUUUGUUUCCCCUGAGAUACUGCUACUGUGUGACAAACAAAACCAAUGACCUCACAGAUUUUACAGCCAUACUGCUAGAUGUGAUGGGGAACUCAACUAGCUACCUACAGGAGCUGUUUAAAUCUAGCUCUAUUCUUUCUGUAAACCAGAUGAGAAGUUCAGACUGUAUCUACAUCUGUGUAAUGGCUGGUAAAACAGACAGCAAUCAGAGUGAGCUAUGGGAUUCUGUUUCUCCACUGUUCAACCACACUAUAAUGGAGCACACACAUACAGCUAUAUCAGCAGAUUUCCCAGCAUCCUCCACCAUAAACCCUGAUGUUUCUUUGACUUCUUCCACUUCUUCUCUGACUUCGACCACCACCACUGCAGCUACAUCUUUUGCCACUUUAACUGUGGCAACCACUGGUCACAUGACAGCAGUACCUUCUGCUGUGUCAAUUGUGACAGCUGGGGUGAAUACUACUGGUGCUACACUUACAGCAGUUUCCAUGAAAACAAUGCCUGCUAGUAUUCUCGUCCCAGCAUCAGACAUUGUUUUACCAUCAGCUCAAACAUCACCAGCAAGAAGCACUGCAGCUCCACCUGAACCACCAGCCACAACUUCCACCCAACCUGCUCAUUCCAGUGUUUCCAUGACAACCACACCUUCAGCACAUCCAGUGAUGGCUAAUACAGCAACAGAAGUAUCAAAACCAAUUCCUGCUUCGGCAAAAACCAGUCCAGCUACCAGCAGAACCCCUCAUGUUGAAAAACCAGGUUGCCCAUGGCAAUCCGAGCUGAUCUAUAGAGGAAGCCAGAGAAAAGACCAGAAAGAAACUCUGGAUGAGGAUCUGAGUGUGAACAAUCCUACGGUCAGCAUAACAAAGCUGCAGCCAUGUGUGUUUGAACUGUGCAAGUUCUUCUCCCAGUGUCUUUGCAGGGGUUUCAGCCAGAAAACUAGUCUGCAGAGGUACUGCAUAGACAGCCAUUUCUGGUAUGAAAAGCACACAGUGGAAGUCUGUAGUCGUGUAAGAAGACUCACCUUCUCCAGGAGUCUGAAGCAGAAGUGCCUGGCGAAGAUGUGUGUUAAAAUGUGAGAAGAGCACGAUGUCCCUGCAAGACUGUUACCGAGCAACAGACCGGAUCCCUGAACCCUUUCACCUAUAAGAGGAGGAAAAGAGCGAGAGAGCGCGCACGAGCAAGAGAGAGAGAGAGCAGUAUGCAAAAUUUUUUACAGGAUGACAUAUUGGUAGCAGAAUAUAACCACUGAAGUCACCACUGCAGUUUAACUGUUCUACUGCUUUU